ACAAAAACGUAUUAUUCUUUGUCUUUGCUAUUUUCUUUGUUAUCUGUAGUUUAUGUGACAGAUGACAAGGCAGGCAGGCAGACAGUGAAUUGAUUUUUCGAAAAUGUCGCUGACAGACAAGAUUACUAUGCUUAUGGCCCGGCCGGGCGGAGACAACAUCCAGAAGGACGAUGUAUCGUGGUGGAUGCGCUACGCUGGUCGAGGCUUGGGCACAGUUGGCAGUUUCAUUGCAAUAAUCCUCGGCCUGUUCAACUGCCUGGGCAUCAUCCUCCUGGAUGUCCAGUGCCUCAUCGCGGGCAUCUGGCAGAUGUUAGCGGGCUUCAUAGUCAUCGUGUGCGAAGCCCCUUGUUGCUGCUUCUUUAUAGACUAUGUCCAGACGCUGUCGGAUAAGGUGGAAUCGCGACCAUACUGGCAGAAGGCAGCCGCUUAUGUUGGCUUGGCUCUUCCCCCGUUCUUCCUGUGUUUCCUGAGCCUCAGCACCUGGUUCGGCUCGGGGCUCAUCUUCGCCACCGGCGUCAUCUACGGCAUGAUGGCGCUCGGCAAGAAGGCGUCAGCGGACGAGAUGCGGACGUCGGCCGCGACCAUCGAGGCCGGGCUGCCAACCACGGCGCCGCGCGCCGGCCUCGUCACCAACGAGCAGCCCGUCUCCUUCACCGGCGUGCCCGGCAAGUGAUCUCCACUCCUCUAUGCCACCCUGUCGGUGUAAGGUGAUCUCAAGGACUUUGACAAAUGUUUGUUAGCGUCAAUAUCUCUUACCGAAUCACGUUGACACAUUCAGUGUACAUAUUAAAACGUGUGUUCAUUUUGUAUUGGAAACGGGGCGACCGGCACCGAAAUGUUAAGGCUACUUUUCUACCAAGGGUGUGCGAGGACGCAUAACACGGGGUGUGUUUGUUAUGAACCAAUUAAAUAUCGUCCACUAAAGCUGGGCUGAGCGAGUGAGCGGAGUAUGCUUAGGUAAAUGAAGUGAUUUUAUUGGUUCAUAACAAACACAUACCUUGUUCCGCAUUAUCACACAUCUCUGGAAACGCAGCCUAACCCUUUGACUUGAGUCUUACGGAUGCGAUAUCGCGUCAGUAAUGACAAUCGAAAUUCGAUUCUACAUUUAAAACCUCAUGGUCGUUUUUUGGCUAGCAAAAUCCUUGGGACUCUUCAAGGGGUCGUGAGUAAACCGGACUAAUCCCAAUAAAGCUUAGUUUACCUUCCGGUCAGAUGGCAGUCGCUUUCGUAAAAACUAGAGGCUACGUCAAUUCUUGGAAUUAAUUGCUAAGCGGAUCCCAGGCUCCCAUGAGCCGUGGCAACGCGACAACGCGAGGAAGAUGAGAUGAUGGGACUCAAGGGGUUAAGGUGGUUCGCUUUUCAUACAAAAUUCAAUCAAAGCUCAUGAAGUAACUACACACUAUUAGUACAUAAAUAUUUCCGCAUUUAUCUUCCUUCGAAUAUUCGUUAGCGGGAAAUUAACAGGAAAACAAUGUUUCAUACAGAAAUCAUGCAAAAAUCAUAGUUAAAUUUUCAUCAAUUUUACGUAUGUGUGUGUCACAAAUGUCGUGUACAGAUACAUUUGCGACGUUGCCAUACCAUUUCCGACGUUGCCGGGCUGACCACGGAGCGAAUUUGGAGUGCCGUCAUGUUUAGUGCAAUUUUGUUGACACUGACGUUUGACAGGUACUUAAUUGACCUAAGCGAGAAUAAGUACCCGAAGUUCGUCAGCUUAGCUAAGAACUAUCAUGGCGUGUUAUGCAAACAGUCGCUUUUUUGCUUACAAAAGGAAGAUUCCCGGUUCGAUCCCCAGUCAUUGUAUGCUGGAACAUAACUUUUUGUAUUUUUGUUACAUCUAAAUUUCGUAUUGUUUUUUUAUUUUUAUUAAAUUUUUCUUAUUAUCAUAAAUCGAUUGAUUAAGUAUGGGCUACACGUAUUCGUUUAUUUUUGACAAAGAAUUAGAAAUUAUACUCUACCUAAUCUCUCUUAUUUUUACAAUCAGGACAUCCUCACUGCAAUAAAAAAGAAAUGUAUAAAAAUUCCUGUGGUUAAAAAUAAUGGAUUUUUUCUAUGAAUGAAAAACACAAUUAUUACUAUAGUUGGUUUUUUUAGCAUUAGAAAUAAGGUAAACAAUCUUGACGUGUCUUUUAAUUGAAAAACACAUUUUAAAAAUAAGUUACGGCAAAUAUGUAACAAUUAUAAAUCAAAUACGAUCAUUUAUAUUCUUGUGCUUUCAUAAGUAAUAGUUUUUGAUUUUUAAAAAGCGUUUUAAUCUGUGUGCCUAGCCAAGAUGCCAGUCGUUCGCUCCGUAGCGAACGUUAGGGUAAUACCUCUCUCUAUCACUCUGCCAUAUUAAUGCGACAGACACGGCUGCGCUUCGGUUGCUACGGAGCGUAAACCAUUGGCAUCUUGGCUAGGCACCCUGGUCAUCUGGAAAGCGAAACACAUACGGAACGCGUUUCUAUUACUCAAUACAGUGGCCAGUUGCAGAUUCGGUUUUAAAGUUAACUAUACCUAAACCUGGGUGCCUAGCCACGAUGCAGGCUAGUAGAGUUCUCUUUCACCUUCAGCAGAACCGGGAGAUCCAAACCUACCUACUUUUCAUCUAAUAAUCUCAAGAAUCAGCGCAUGAUUCAAACUUUACCGGUCGCCGUGGUUAAGACCUAGGAUUUACCAUAUCGGUGUUGGUAAAAGCCCGAAGUAAACUAGUAAGGUUUAACAUUUCGGGCUUUUACCGAUCGGCAUCGGUAAAACCUAGGUUUUAACGGUAAAUCCUAGGUUUUGCCGUACUUCGGGCUUUUACAGUAACAUAUACAUAAUAAUUGCUCGUUUAAAGGUAAGAUAACACAAAGGAGAAACAAAAAGAAAUUACCUACUCGCACCAGUCUUGAACCCCAAUCCUCUUGCACGUAUUUCCACGAACAUACCGUUACGCUAUUGCAACAUACUUACGUUGUGUGAAAUUGUCUACUACAAGGAUCACGGAAACACUGUUUGCAUGUGUGAGUAAUAGUAGGAAAAAGCGUGACAGCAACACUCCGUCGAAUUAAAAAGGUGGUUUUUGCACAAUGAAGUAUUCAAUGUUUAUUUUAAUAGUUCAAUAUUUAUUUAAAGAGUGCGCGAAACAUACUUUUAAGUACACAAAUACCAUGACUAUUUCACAAAAAAAUAAAACCUGAAAUUUUGCAAAAGUGGUGCCAUCUAGCGAGAGUUAAGUUUUGAGUAACCUAGGCGAACCACCUUAAAUCGACAAGUUUAUGAUGGUAUAAUCUAUAGUCUGGCACAAAAGAAUAGAAAUUAAAAAGUGGCAAUACUGUAGUGUCGUCCCUUCCAUACCAAUUUAUAUAAGAAAAGGGGACGACACUACAGUAUUGCCACUUUUUAAUUUCUACUCUUUUUUUGUCAGACUGUAAAUUGAUGCCUUCGUACAAUAACAUUAAUAGCAUGUGAAGUGAAGAUAUUAUAUUAACGCUAAUAAACAUUUGUACAGCAGUUUAUGUAGUAUUCUAGGGCACUUUCAACACGUACUCUACAAUCCGUCAGGUCUAAAGGUGGCCACUGACGAGCCUUCCAACAGUCCAAAUAGCGUGGCUGCAAUCCAAAAUCGGUCCGUGAAUGUCAAAAACGUACAAUGUUUAAUAUUAGGAUGCCUUCCAUUUGGAUGAAUCCAUUGUAACGGCAUCCAUUUGGAAGGCUCGUCAGUGGCCUGCUUAAUGCAUUCCUGGUUUCUAUAAAAAAAACCUGUGCCUGCUUGAUAAUCUUGAGGCCCUGAGAUCAAAUAUUGGUAGCUACUUAUGAACUUAUGUAUGAGUUGAUGAACCGAGUCACCUAAUUAAUUUAAAUCCUCUAAAAAGACAAUUUCAAAAUUAACUAAAAAUGUAAAAUGUAAUGUUAGAGUCAAGAAAAGUCUGCAGCAAUUUUGACAGCCCUCGCAGUGCCAAUGGUAUUUUAAACGUCAAACUUCCAUGAAAUCAUGACGUAUGAAUAACACUUGCACUGCGUGGGCUAUCAAAAUCGCUGUAGACUUUUCUUGGUCUAACUCUAACAUGUUAAAUUAUUAUUAACUCUAAUUUAUAUCAAAAAAGUUACCAAGACUUGACGGCUAGUUUUUAUCGGCCACUAUAUUUAGCAUUCCUAAAGUUAGACUACACACGUUUUUAUAAGUUAUACAACCACGCAGUGAAUUCCAUUGCCCAUGAGGUGUAAUAAGUCCUCCAAAAAGCAAUGCCAAAUAGAUAUCACUUUGUAGCAAAGAUACAUUGAUUGAGUAAGAUGUGUAAAAUCUGAGACAAUUUCGUGUUUAGAUUUUAACAGGUAUACGAGAUGGCGCUGUACAGCUCCAUUCUGUUUGCGGUAACUCUGAUUGUCAAAAGUUGACGUUUGACAACUCAGUGAACGCAAAACAUGAAGGCGCAGUACAGCGCCAUCUGUUUUGGAUGUCAAACUAAGGGGCACGAUUUUUUCUUAGACUUUACCUCUCUAUUACAAUCAAUUCUCUUUGCUUUGUAGUUAGUGGUGUCACAAGACAACACGCCGGCUACAUUUUCCAUGAGUUUAACUGUAAUAGACUUUAUUCUAAACACUAGAAGGCCAAUAAUAUGAGUUGUAUGGUAUAAGAAAUAGGAAACAGCCUUUAAAAAGCAAUGAUACACAAUAUAAUAACACAGAGUAUUUUAACUGCCUGAAUUUUUUUUCAAUUGUAUCAAGUUGAAGGCAGUCAUUUUGCCAACCUCACGAAAUAGGACCUUAAGGCAGCUGGCGAUUUCGCCAAUUUUUACCCAUAUUCUUAUCUCUUAUAUUUUGGGGAGUUUUCACACGGAGAUGCAACUCUGUACUCGACCCUGUCUUGGGCACUGACUGCAAUUUCGUCAUGAAUUUCUUCAUUGCGGUACGGUUCUUUUUCGUAUGGUUUGGUGUAUUUUACUUAUUAUGUGAAUGAAAGAUUCGAUAGCGUUUUUUAGCCGAUUGUGUGAGUAAAAGGAGGCUAAUAUUAAUUAUAUUAAAUGGUCAAAUUUUCGUACUACACUCAGUAUAUUAUCGAUUUUUCUUCAUGUAAUAAACAUAUAAUAUAAUGUAUGAUACAUGUUGCUUGUAGAUAUAGUUAUGUGAGAUUGUUUACAGUGUUCCAACGUUAUAUAUAUGUACGUAUUUGAUGACUUCAGUAAAUAAAUAGAAUAAUUUAUAGAAUAAAUAUGGUAGGCUAGUUGCAAUUUUAUUAUAAUAUUGUUAUAUUAUUAAAUGUGUUGAUAGCACUGGGAAAGAGAAAAGUAUUGUUCUAAACUUAUAAUAUACAAGCGUGCAAUAAGUUUUAUCUAAGACUGGAAGUUUUUUUUUCAUAAUAAGUAUUUUUUUUUACAAACAAUUUUGGAGAUAGGCUUAUUAUACUUUUCUCUUUUCACUGUGUUUAUGGGGUUCAAUAAAAGUAUUAAAAAAUCGCAAUAACUCUUAAUGGACCAAACCAAGCCGUUGCAACGUUGCCAACUUAUUGUAUUGGACGUUUUCUGAACAUUGUAUAAUUUUGUUAAAAUAAUCGUGUUUGGUCUAAAAAAGGGUGUUUUUCUCAAACCCUACAAUCCCUUAACGUAAGUCAGGGCUGUUGAUAGUCUAAUUUAUUGUGUAUAUCGUAUUUUUUCCAUCUUUGUAUAACGAACUUACCACGAGUUUGACACUGAUAUAUCUUCGGGUGACAAGCAAAAGUCACUAACUAACACCAUUGAAAUUAUUGGACAAUAAACCGUGUUACAAGUGUAAUAAAGUGCAUUGUUACUUUGAUUUUUUGAUAGUACUUAGUGACUUUUGCUUGUCACCCGACGAUAUUCGCUUGCGUGUGCGUAAUUUACUUUCUAUACAUCUCGCUCGAGUAAGUCAAAGCCGUGGUAAGGCUACUAAAGUUAAAACGCCACUUCACACUUCACAUAUUUAGGUAACGAACAUAAACGAGUCAAUUUCUUGUACCAUCGCCCACACCGUUAACUGUACAUCGGUGGACCUUAUGCCUUUUGUAAUAAGGUCCACCGAUGUACAGUUAGGAGUGUUGCUAUUUGUACGAGAUAAACAUUUUCAUUCCUUCGUAUUUGAAUGUCAACGAACGGGUUCUUAACAUUUUCUAUUUUGUCCUUAAUUUAGUACGAAAUCCUUGUUUUUGCGUAAUAUAAUAUCACUGUGCUAGUUUGACAGCAAUAUAAUUAUACGCGUGCGAUAGAGAUAGCAACACGCGGGUCAAUGUACGAAAAUCUAUCUGGAAAGCGUUUCUUCUCUAGUUAAUAGUCAACAGUGAAACACUAGUACUAGACGUUUUAGGACGGUAAUACACUUGUACGUAGUUGAUCUAAAUACUGUCUUGUGCUUUUAGCAAUACAGUUCAUAAUUGAUAUUCUUAUCCGAUUUCUGUUUAAUCACUGGCCUGUAUUACUGAGGCCCACUUGCACCAUUCCACUAACCCGGGGUUAAGCGGUUAAACUAUUAACCUAGUGUGAAAUUGUAUGGCUAACUAUGGCAACUCCUGGUUUAACCGGUUAACCCGGAUUAGUGGAAUGGUGCAAGUGGGCCUGAGUGACAUAAUAUAAAGAGGUGCCAUCCCAUAUAACGUAUUUUCAAUUCAAAUCGAAUGCUGUAAAGUGUCAUUAUAUGGAACUUGCUAACUAUGUAAACAAACCACUAUAUUGAAAUUGUCAAAGAAUGACGAAUUUACUAGUGACUUUUUUUUACAUAGUUAGCAAGUUCCAUAGAAUGACAUUUUAGUCACAAGAAUUACUACAUAAAUUCACCGAGUCAAAGACUUUCCAGUUAGUCAUGCUCCUUGACAGCUAUUGUUUAGAUAUUUGACUUUGGGCGGCACGAGGAUAAAAACAUAAUAUAUCUAACCUUAAAUAUGUACCACGAUAUCUUGUUAUGUCGAAAUAGAGCGUUGGUACAUGAUUUUGUGUACCUAUUCCAUUGGAAACAUUUUUUUUGGUACCUCUGAAUUUGUCUCAUAUUUUCUAUAAUUAUUUAAAAAGAUAAUGACUUCCUUCAUUUAUACAUUCCAAUAUUAAAGGCUCAUUUUUUCGAUUUUCAUAAUCCUUCCAUUUUUUGAAAUUUAAGACUUCGAAUUCGGUAUUAAGACCGUAUUAUAUUUUUAUUAUUUAUUGUUUCUUGCGUUGUAGCAUUGUUUUACAGCAAUGUCAAUUUGUUAUCCUGUAUGUAGGCAUAUACAUAAACUGUUUAGACAUUAAUUAAAUCACAUUUGCAAAAUAUAGUAGCGUAGAGUUUUUGUUAGAUACAGACGCAAUACAUAUACUGAACACAAAACUGUAUAAGUGAAAAUGACCUCUGUUAUGUUUAGAGAAGCUCAUUUGUUGGUUGAAAAUUUUAGAUUAAUAAUAAGUUGUAAAAUUGGUGGCCAAUGAGGGGUAAGAUGUCGAAAUAGUUUGACAAAGUUGUCAGAAUCAACUUGUAUUACCUUCGAUGGCUUCGAUGUUGUAGACUUUUCUUGGUCAACUCUCGAAGCGACGAUCUCAGAGGGCCUAUCGGCAACAUCGAAAAUCGUUAUCUACCUCUAUCGCUCAAAUAUGCAAGAGCGAUAGAGAGGCAGAUAACGAUUUUCGGUUUUUCGAUGUUGGUGGUCGGGCCCUCAGGAGUCAAAGUGAAAUGGAUCUUCCCUUCAACAGCUGACCAAUCAGGCCGCGUAGCCAACAUGCCCAUCGCUUACGCUCAGCGAACGAAACGCAACUGUCACUGUCCCACUAAUAUGUAAGAGUGAUAGAGAGGCACAAAUCGUUUCGUUGUCGUAGCGCAAGUGGUUUUCACCUUGGCUAGGCCGUCAGUUCGCUUGUUAACCCUCAUAUCAUACAAAUAGGUACCGUUAUUACCCCUAGAUCACUAUAUCGUAAACGAAAUAUCACUGUUACUGUCUGCAGAUAUUUUUGUAAUAUAUUUAGGUAAUGGCCGUAUUAUUAAGACCCUAGUCUUUAGGUAGAGCGUUUGUAAUUUAAAGCAUUGCGAAUGGUGUGAAAACAGCCUUUUGAACAUGACUAUUUAAUUUAUAUUUUGUCAAAAAUACCACCAUAAAUAAUACUAAAAGUGAUGCAAAGCAAUUUGACCCAUAUUGCUCUACAGUAACACACGUGUGAUACUCAGUAGCUAAGAGCCAAAUUGAUUUAGUAUCACACGCGUGUUACUAGAGGGGUUAAAUAACACUAUUAGUAUAGGUACUAUAUUGGCAUGCAAGGUUCAUUAUAAACUGUAAACCCCCAUUCGCACGAGAGCUCUUUAAACGCGCGUUAAAAAAGCGCUUGAAUCUGUCCGCACUCUAAAUUCAAUUUAACGACCAAGGCUUAAAGUCGAAAAUCCAACAACGCUUGAAUUAAGCGCCACCCUGUCGUGUGAAUAGAUACAUGGUUAUCCAUUUGUGUCAUUCAAACGCUUUUUUAACGCGCGUUGAAAAAGCUGCCGUGCGAAUGGGGGCUAAACGUGCGCGUCUGUAGCGGUCAUAGGGUUAAGCCUCCCAUAGACGAUCAAUCGAUCAUAUUUAACUCUAAUUGAUGAUUAAAGGUGAUAUUGUGCGGAAUUAGGCGUGGCUCACUCCGCGAUUUCGUCGCUUUGCUACAGGUAGCUAAAAGUACAUCCUUUCCACACCAAUUUGGUGGCAGGUUGGUGGCGCAAUUAACAUAUGCCUAUAUUAUCAUUGUAUAACAUAUGCCUAUACACCAAAAAUGUUCAAGUAUCUAUUUAAAGCAGCUAUUUUUAGGAGUUCUACUCUAAGAAUCAGUAUUACUGAUUUGAGGUAUCAAAUUCCUACUACUUAUUACUUGUUGUAUCUGUUUGUCAUAGCCGUCAUGGGCAAGCUGUGCUGUAUUCUACACCAUUUCAAUUCAACGUUUAUGUUAGGUUAAAUAUUAUUGCUCACACCGCCAAUUUUGUGAUUGUAUUUUUUAUGCUUGCGGUGUUACCAUGCUAAGAUUUUUGAACGCAAUCUUUUUAGCGAUGGCAACACCGAUCGUAUGGCUGAUUUUUUAAAGUGCUUUUUUAAACAUUAAUGAUCUAAAAUUGAUUUAUUAUUAUAUUAUUUAUAUUUUUUAAGUCAUCCAAUAAUUUCUAAUUAAGAACACAUGUAAAUUAUAUAUGGAAUCGAUUGUCAGUUGAGUUAUUAUUAUAUACAGGAUUUACCAUGACUGGCGGAAAAAAACUAGUUUUUGUGUCUGACAGUCCUGACACACAUACCUUAUACAUUGCCGUAUCUUACCUCACCUUAGUCUGGUAGAAAAAUAAACUAAGUACUUACCUACUUAUUUAUUACUAUUAUCGACAUCGACAGUAGGUAGUGUUUCUCAGGUGUAAUUUUUUUUUAUAAACCGUGAGACUUUACUGACUAUGGACAGACCUUAUUUAAUUGCAAUAAGGUGUACAUUCAAUAAACCAUAAGUGUAACGACACUGUAUAGGGUGACUAUGACUACAGGCCGCCAGUCAGGUCAGUCCUGUUUAGGUAUGGUUGUAUAGUUACACCGUUGUUCCGUGUAGCCUCGUUACUGUUAGGACGGCAUAUCUGUAAUAAAUGUGUGUAUAUUGGA